AUGCCGCCCAGGCGGGCAUGGCAAACCAUCGUAAAGCCGGCCGACGUGCUCGGCCUCACGCGGGGCUACAAGCUGGAGCCUCACGACGACGAGGCGGUGGAAUACUACCUGCUCCGUCAACUCCUUGGCCAGGAGCUCCCGCUGGAGGGCAUCAUCCUCGAGGACGAUCCGCUGAGCGCGCCGCCAUGGGAGCUCUUGAACAAACACGAGCUGGAGGACAAUGCUUUCUUCUUUGCCCACGGGCAAACCAUUGACAGCAAGGGGAGUCGGAACAAGCGGACCUGCGCGGGCGGCGGGUGCUGGGAAGGGCAGAAGGUCGUCGUGGAUGACAAGGAGCUCAUCGUCCCCGACAGCGGCAUGGAGAUCACCUGGAAGAAGUACCAGUUCAACUUCCACAACGACGGCGAGAAGGGCAGCACGGGGUGGGUCAUGCACGAGUACUCCGUCACUGCCCCGCCCGAUCUGGCCUCGUCGUCGGUCAGACUGUAUCGCAUUUCGUUUAGUGGCCACGGCAAGAAGCGCAAGAGGGAGCCCGAUGAUCACGGCGACGACGAGGGUAGAGCGCGCGCGGCCACCGGGCAAGCGAUUCCCGAGGAGCAGAUGCCGGCGUCGCACUCGCACUCAUCUCUUUUCCCUCAAGAUCAGGAUCUCUACGACGGUGCGGCCAUUGACGGGAUUCAAUGGCCACCGGUGACGUCCUCAGAACAUCUGCUGGGCUCUUCCCAAGACUUGGGCCGCUCGUGGUUCUUGCCCGGCGGAGACCUCGGAGUAGGGUCGGCGGCGGCGACAUCAGAUUCAGAUCAAGGCGCCUCAGCGUGCGUGAUGCAUCACUGGUAA